GCAAAAGGUUGGAACUUUCGAUUCAUUAGGACAGAUGAUGGGCCAUGUCGUGGCCCGGUCUCACCUGUUCCCGUCUCGAAGUAACUUCGCCGAUAGUAUACGGUGUCAGGGCUUUAGGGUUUCAAAAACCCUAAGAAUGGAGUCGCAGCAGUCAAAGAGACCCACUUGCCCUGCUUGCGCUAAACCCACGCAGCUCUGCCUCUGCAACAGGUUCCGAUCUCCCCCUCUCGAUAACCAGGUGAGUGUUACUAUCCUUCAGCACAGCCUCGAGAGAAAGCACGCGCUUAACUCGACUCGAAUCGCUAGGUUAGGGCUUAAGAACGUUACUGUUACCACCGUUUUCGAUGUCCAUGACGAGGCAGAGUUCUUGAUAAGAGGUAAAGGUGCCUCCUUGGAGCUUGUGGAUGACUUGGAUUCUGACGAGAAACCGUUGCUGGUUGAUAAUGAAAGCUCGAAAACUGGUGAAAGUUUGAAGAUUUCUAAACAUUCAGAUGAUAAGAUAGGUUCUUGUGAAGAGGAUUUGAUCAGAAUCUCUAUGAAGAAACGAGGUGUUAUGAUUGUUAUCAGCAAUGUCUCCACCUCUUUGAUGGAAGAUGCUAGUUUUGAUGGGAUAUUGGCCUCUCCUGCAGCAAUGGAUGUGUUGGCAAAAGGGUUUGUGGUAACAAAGUUCUCUGAAGGGAAGGAAGAGUUCCAGCUCGAGGUUCCUCCUGGAACAGCACUGUUGUUCCCAAGCGAAGGAUCGGUGAUGAUCAAUGAACUUAAAGAGAGAGGUUUGAAGGUGAGGAAUCUGAUAGUUCUUGACGGGACGUGGUCAAAGGCGAGGAGAAUGUACCUCGAGAACCCGUGGCUGAAGCUUUUGUGUAGCCAUGUGAAGCUGAAAAUCGAAGGUGGGAGUUUGUACAGAGAAGUUAGGAGACAGCCAAGAGAGGGGUGUUUGUCGACGAUAGAGAGUAUUGUACACGCGAUGAAGGAGAUGGGUGAAGAUCCUGAGGGUUUGGAUAACAUGUUGGAUGUUUUUGAAUCCAUGGUUGGAGAUCAAAGAAGAUGUAAAGAUGAGAACUUUGGAAAAAUUCUCUGAAAGGCAGUGAUUUUGGUCUUGUAACAUUUAAGCUGGCAUUGUUAACUGUUAAGUGUUCCAUUAUGUC